GGACACCAGGCAAGAUUCAACCGAAUGCUCUAGACGUAUAGCACCACCCACAAAACUAUUAGCAUCUAUCAUACAUGCUUAUCAUACUUGCUACUAUACAUCGAUGACGUCCGAGGCACAGUCUGGAGUACAAACAUACACACCGCCCGGCAGAAACCGAGCCUUAAAGCGAACAGUGAGUGGGUAGUUAAGUAACUUCAAGUAACUUCACUAUCUACUUCCGACACAAGUCGAAGUUCCUGACCACACAACUUUCACCCCGGGAGAAGUGAGGAGAGAACACCAUUCACCAAGAAAAAUGCCUCGCCCUAAAAAAGGGAGGGCGUUGGAUAAAAAACGGAAAUAUGCAACGCCCACGGCCGCUCUACUGCGCAAUGGAAAACACGAGGCCCAAUCUGUUGGCCACCCCACUCCAGCCCACCUUACUAUGAGAGAAGAGGCACGAAAUACAGGAGGGCGCAACUUAUGGCGCCCGGGCUCUCUUCUCCGCCACCAAGCGGUCCAAUUCGUGAGCGCAGGUGAAUUGCAACCGGACCAUGAAUUGCCACCGGAGCCGCCCAGCCUCGACAGGACAACCGAUGUAUCGGGAGCUGCGACACAACAGGAGACUGCACCAUCGGUGCACACAACAAAUUCGAAUGUGGUGGAUGAAGGCGCAGCAUUCUUUAUCGACUUAACCGGCGAAGAUGCUCCACAGACUGGAAUGGCGGAUCCAAUCACCAAUAUUGUAUCGGAUGAAUCUAGCGAAGAUGAAAUAGUAUUCCAUGGCCGCCAUAAGUGGAAGGAAACUGGGACGCGCCUUCUAGAUGACCAUACAGAAGUACAAACCAAUACCCUCGACCCGACACAGAGAGGAAAUCAAGACGCGGGAAAGCAGUUUGCGACGGCCCCUCCUGAGAAUCCUGCCAAGAAUGCGGCGUUGGGCUCGGACGGCCGCCGGCAAACCUUGCAUACAGUGACAAAAUCAGCCAGCGAUGAUACCGAGGACUCGGACACAGGACAGCAGCAGCCUGAGAAGCAAUAUGCGGAAAAUAUUUUCGAUGGCGAUUUUGAUGUUUUCACAGACUACAUCUUGAAUAUCGACGAUGAGUACUACCACAAGGAUAUCACACGUGUCGCAAAAAAGAAAGCAGGCGCCCAGAUAAGCACCGGGGAAAUUGAAAGCCACCCAAGAGGACGGGCCCCUAGCGACAGUUGCUUGCAUGCAAACCGCGAAUUUCCCGAGCAAGGAUACAGCCCCGAGAGCAACGAGGUCAGGGAAACACAGCGGAUGUCUACGCAUGCUAUGCCUCAAAGCAAACGCCCUCUUGAUCAUGAUAUGGAAAGUCAGCCAAGCGACAUAUACGAUAGCCAGUUUGAAGUGGAUCUCGACGAAUUAGAUAUAUUAGAGGAUUUGUCUAUACAGGACGGAGAACAACGGCACCUGAACCAUCUGAGACUUGCUAAACACAAAAAGGGCAUGUUUCCCACAGCAACCACAUUCGCUGAUGCGUUGGAAUCAGAUCCUUAUUAUGGAUUUGAUAUUAUGGACUUCGACCGACCUAGUCUUCGAAAGAAAUCGAAGGCUAAGUAUCACGCCCCAAAUUUUGAGCUCUCUGACUCCGAGCUGGAGAUGGAAUUGGUCAGGGCAUGGCAAAAUGACCGCGACAAGAAGAAAACGAGAAAGCAAAGACGAGAAAAUCUCCGCUCUAAGGGUUUAUUAGGCCGAGGUCUAGACAACGCCGAUCUGAAAGUCAAGUAUACGAAUGGCAUUACACUUGAAGAGCUGCGGACGGAAAUACACACGUUUCUUCUCUCAUCGAGAAAUAGUCUGCCUCUCCCUCCUAUGCCGAAACAGCGUAGGAAGUUAAUCCAUGACUUAGCGAGCGCGCUCUCUCUAAACUCAAAAUCACGAGGGAAAGGGGCAUCUCGAUUCCCCAUUCUCCACAAAACUUCACGCACUCCCGAAUGCAGCACCAAGACGGUUCCACAAAUCAACAGGAUACUAUCGGCGGGGAGUUUCAAGUCAAAAUCAUUGGAUAAAAAUGGGCUUAAAUCCUCUCAAGCUCGCCGUGGGCAACCCGGUGGAUCCGUUUCCUACAUGGAUGGCGAUGUCGUUGGCGCAUCUGCACCUGAAAUAGGCGCCGGAAACAAAGGAAGGGCCAUGCUAGAGAAGAUGGGCUGGAGUACAGGCACUGCUCUUGGGGCCACCAACAACAAAGGAAUCCUUUUGCCAGUAGCGCACGUGGUCAAAAACUCUAAAGCUGGUCUGGGAUAAAUUGGGUUUGAACCCAAGUCCGAAGGGCGCAUACUGGAUGGAAUCAAUGGCACAUGUA